AUGGAAGAUGUUGUACAAUUAUUGUUGAUAGAGGAGUUAGAGGACAUAGAAGUAAGAAAUAGACGUGUACAUAGACGCCGGUUGGACCCAUUUAAUGAACUUAGCGAUGAGUAUUUCAUAAAAGUUUUUCGCUUAUCUAAAGCAUUAGCGCAAUUUUUGGUACAUCUUCUAAAAGAUUACAUCGCCCCCGCAAAUCGUUCCACUGAUUUGGACAUAACAACGAAGGUUUUAGUAACGUUGAGAUUUCUUGCAAGUGGAAGCUACCAAAUGGACGUGGGAUCAAAUUAUUACUUUGGAAUAUCACAACCUUCAGUAUCAAGAUGUAUUGAAGAAGUUGUCAAUGCCAUGAACAGAAAUGAAAUUUUUAACGCUUAUGUACAUUUCCCUAGAAAUAUACAAGAACUCAAUGCUGCUAGAAUGGGGUUUUUUGAAAAGUAUAAUUUCCCAGGAAUAAUUGGGUGUAUAGAUUGCACACAUGUUGCAAUAUUCCCCCCUAAAGUGGAUGAUGAUAAUUAUCCUGAACAUAUUUAUGUGAAUAGGAAGAAUUAUCAUUCCAUUAAUGUACAACUGAUAUGUGACCAUAAUUUGAAGAUUAUUAAUGUGAAUGCUUUAUUUCCUGGCAGUACUAAUGAUGCUUUCAUUUGGAACCAAUCCAAUGUGCAAACCCUAUUAAGACGAUUACACGAGGCCGGAAAUAAAAAUUAUUUCUUGUUAGGCGAUUCGGGUUACCCAUUAAGAAGUUGGCUGUUAACACCUUUAGAAUAUGAACCACGACCUAAUAUACCUGAGCACUUCUAUAAUUCUAGACAUAAAACCAUACGGAGCACAAUCGAAAGAUGUAAUGGUGUAUUAAAAAUGAGAUUUCGCUGCCUUCUUAAACACAGGGUUUUGCAUUACUCCCCCGAGAAAGCCAGUAAAAUUAUAAACGCCUGUGUUUUGCUGCAUAACUUGUGUAUUGAGCAUAACAUAGAAACUCCACAAAAUGAGGAAGCCGAACAAAUUGAUUUGGGCGUGCAUGUCCCAGAAAGAAAUCAUGUUGUUGAGAGAGUAAAUCCCGAACUGGCUGCUGGCAGAAACCAAAGAAAUAAAUUAAUUACACUUUUGCAACAAUAAAUAAUCGGC